AUGGCGAGCAACUUCGAAAUCUCCUCUCCUCGCUCUCAAGGUAGUCUUGUUACAGUUCUAAGCAUAGACGGAGGAGGGGUAAGAGGAAUUAUUCCAGGAAUCAUUCUUGCCUUUCUUGAAUCCAAGCUACAAGAGCUUGAUGGAGAAGAAGCAAGGCUUGCAGACUAUUUUGAUGUGAUUGCUGGAACAAGCACCGGUGGUUUAGUGACCACAAUGCUAACUGCUCCUAAUAAGAGCAAUCGGCCAAUGUAUUCAGCCAAAGAUAUCAAAGAUUUCUUUUUAAAGCAAUCGCCUAAGAUCUUUCCUCAAAAUGGGAGCAUUUUCAGUGCAAUUUCUGGGCCUAAAUAUGAUGGAAAGUACCUACACUCUCUGGUUAAAGAUAUUCUUGGAGAUACAAAGCUUCAUCAAACUCUAACCAAUGUAGUUAUCCCAACUUUUGAUAUUAAGCUCCUUCAACCCACAAUCUUCUCCUCAUUUGAGACUUUGCUUGCCAUGAAUAUUGUGAGCAAGAACAUUUUCCUGGAAAGCCAAGAUUACUUUCCUAUAAAUCCAGUGGAAUACAGCAAGUUUCUUGUACUUUCUGUUGGUACUGGAUCAGCCAAGGCAGAAGAGAACUACAAUGCAAAAGAUGCAGCUAAGUGGGGAGUGCUUCGAUGGCUUUAUAACAAUGGUGACACGCCAAUCAUCGACAUAUAUUCACAAGCAAGCGCAGACAUGGUUGAUAUCAUGACUUGCAUUCUCUUCAAAACUCUACAUUCAGAGAAAAAUUAUCUUCGCAUUCAGGAUGACACAUUGAUGGGGAGCACAUCAUCAGUGGACAUCUCAACGACAGAGAACUUAGAAGAGUUGGUGAAGAUUGGAGAGAAUUUGAUUAAGAAGAAUGUGUCGAGGGUGAAUAUAGAGACUGGGAUAUAUGAGCCUGUCAAAGGUGGAGGAACUAAUGAAGAAGCCUUGAUUCACUUUGCACACUUACUUUCAAUGGAAAGGAAGAGAAGAAUUAAUGGUACAAAAAUGGCAGCCGCUGCUUAA